ACAGACAGAGAGACUCAGAAGCUGCUCCCAGAGAAGGGACUUCUAUACUGAACAAAAUGUAUCUCACCUUGCCUGGGCUGGUUUUAAAUUUUUACUUGAUUUUUUAUGCAGCUGCUACUUUCUGCCUAAUCAGUGUGCUCCUGAAAGUCACCCAGCUAUACCGAAGGAGGCAGAAACUGCUCAGAUCUCUGGAGAGCUUUCCAGGCCCUCCGAAGCAUUGGUUUUAUGGCCACACCAACGAGCUUGGUCGAAUUGGAGAACUCACCACAAUGGUGUCCUGGUCAGAGAAACAUCCCUAUGGUCAUUCCUUGUGGUUUGGAGCUUUCUUAGGGUUCCUCAAUAUCUACCAUCCAGAUUAUGCUAAGGCUGUAUACAGCAGAGGAGAAUGCCCUCCCUUGUCCUUAACAUGGCUGCAACCAUAUCUACUCAGAAAUCCAAAGGCUCUUGAUUUCUACAAUUUUUUUCUCCCAUGGAUUGGGAAAGGGCUACUGGUUUUAGAUGGGCCCAAAUGGUUCCAGCACCGCCAACUGUUAACUCCAGCAUUUCACAGUGAUAUUUUAAAGUCAUAUGUGGCACUGAUGGUUGAUUCUGCCCAAGUGAUGCUGGAUAAAUGGGAAAAGCUGAUCUCAGAAGAUAAAUCACUGGAUGUUUUCCAGCAUGUUGGCUUUAUGACGCUGGAUAGCAUGCUGAAGUGUAUCUUCAGUUAUAACAGCAAUUGCCAGAAAGACAGUAAAAAUUCUUAUGUCCAAGCGAUUGGUGACCUCAGUUGUUUGAUGCAGGAAAGAAUACAGACAUUUCUGUAUCACAAUGAUCUAAUCUAUCGCCUCUGCCCUCAUGGAUACCAUUUCUUCAAGGCUUGCAGAAUAGCCCACCACCACACAGAAAAAGUGAUUAGGGAAAGAAAGGCACUCCUCAAAGAUGAACGGGAACUUGAGAGCAUACAAAAGAAGAGAUACCUAGACUUUCUGGAUAUUCUUCUCUGUGCCAAGGAUGUAAAUGGUGUUGGAUUAUCUGAUGAAGACAUACGUUCUGAGGUGGACACUUUCCUGUUUGAGGGCCAUGAUAUUACCACCAGUGGGAUUUCUUGGAUCUUAUAUGCAAUGGCCCAGAAUCCAGAGCACCAACAAAUGUGCAGGAAAGAGAUAAAGGGUAUUCUUGGGGAGCGAGAGACAAUAUGCUGGGAUGACCUUAGUAAGAUGACUUACACUACAAUGUGUAUUAAGGAGAGCCUCCGUGUUUAUCCUCCUGUCCCUCAGGUGUAUCGAGAGCUCAAUAAGCCUGUCACAUUUGUUGAUGGAAGGUCUGUUCCUGCAGGUGGUUUGAUAUCCCUGAAUAUUUAUGCUCUUCAUAGAAAUCCUGAUGUGUGGAAAGAUCCUGAGGUAUAUGAUCCUCUAAGGUUUUCACCAGACAAUUCAUCUCAAAGACAUUCCUAUGCAUUUUUGCCCUUUGCUGCUGGACCCAGGAACUGCAUUGGGCAACAGUUUGCUAUGAUGGAGCUGAAACUGGCUGUUGCUAUGACCUUGUUGCGUUUCCACGUGGCACCAGAUCCUGCUCAUCCUCCCCUUGAAAAACCUCAGCUCAUUAUGCGCUCCUGGAAUGGGAUACAUUUAUAUUUGAAGAAACUUACAUAAAGGCCUCUAACAGAAUUAAUUGCUCCUUUAGGGAAGUUAAAAGGUUGCAGGGAAAUGGCUCUUGCAAAUCACAAAUCUUGUGAGGGAACUAAGAUUUAUUAUUUUUAUUGUUAGGCAAUCGGGAGAAAGUUGUGUGGGCUGAUUGAAUGGGUCAUAGUCUCUGCUGCAACAAAGCACUACACCAGCAGACUCUUGUGUGUCAUGGUAUUUAGGUUUAGUUCUCAAUAAGGAUUCAAAGUGAAGAAUGUGUUCUAGACUUUUCAUACAUCUGGAAAGUUUCCUCAAAGAAGAGAUGGGGGGGAUGGGAGAGAGGAAUUGUAUUUUUGGCCCCAUCUGCACUAUACAGGUAAAGUUGUAUCAAAAUACUUUAAACAGUCAUGGCUUCUCCCAAAGAAUCCUGUGAACUGUAGUUUGUUAAGGCUGCUGAGCAGGGCCGGUGCCAGAGGGUGGCCAGGUCAGGCCCUGGCUGAGAGCCCCUGUAUCCCAAGGGGCCCCUAAAGGGCCUCUCCUUAACGUGGGUAGGUAGCGCUUAGGGUUGCCAGGUCUCCGGUUUUUGGCCGGAGUUUCAGGGGAAAAGGGGCCGUCUCCGGCCUCCGGCAAUACUUUGCUUAAACUGGAUGAUCUCCGGCUUUUCAUUGGCCGCCUUCCCGCCCUUUGUCAUUGAGGCAGGGAGAGCUGGUGCUGCCGGGGCCGGGCUCUGUCUUCCCAGGCAGCAGCCUGUCUUGGACAGGGGCGGGCGGGAGCGGCAAUGAGGGGCUGGCCCUGGGCGCGCGAGGCAGGCGCUGCUUAAAAGGCCAGUCGUGCGAGCGCGGCGCUGUCAUUCUCCCUCCUGCUGUGGGCGCCGCUGGGCGGGAGUGGCCGCGAUGGAGCUCGGCAGUGGCGGUGGCGGCGGCCGCAGCGUCUCUGGCUGGGGAGCGCAUCGCGGCCGCUGCCACCCAGCGGCGCCCACAGCACGAGGGGUGAAGCAGCCGGGCGUCCUCGGGGCUAAGAAGGAGCUGGUCCCGUCCGGCGUCCACUGCUGCUGUGGGUAGCAGGCUGGAGAGAGAGAGAGAAAGAGAGAGAGGCUGGAGAAAGAGAGAGAGGCUGGAGAUAAAGAGAGAGAGGCUGGAGAAAGAGAGAUGCUGGAGAGAGAGAAAGAGAGAGAUGCUGGAGAAAGAGAGAGAUGCUGGAGAGAGAGAAAGAGAGGCUGGAGAAAGAGAGAGAUGCUGGAAAGAGAGAAAGAGGGAUGCUGGAGAAAGAGAGAGAUGCUGGAGAAAGAGAGCGAUGCUGGAGAGAGAGAGAGAGAGAGAGAGAAAGAGAGCGAUGCUGGAGAAAGAGAGAGAUGCUGGAGAAAGAGAGAUGCUGAGAGAGAGAGAGAAAGAGAGAGAUGCUGGAGAGAGAGAGAGAGAGAGCGAUGCUGGAGAAAGAGAGAGAUGCUGAGAGAGAGAGAGAAAGAGAGAUGCUGGAGAGAGAGAGAGAGAGAGAGAAAGAGAGAGAUGCUGGAGAAAGAGAGAGAUGCUGAGAGAGAGAAAUGCUGGAGAGAGAGAGAGAGAGAGCGAUGCUGGAGAAAGAGAGAGAGAGAAAGAGAGAUGCUGGAGAAAGAGAGAGAUGCUGGAGAAAGAGAGAUGCUGAGAGAGAGAGAGAAAGAGAGAUGCUGGAGAGAGAGAGAGAGAAAGAGAGCGAUGCUGGAGAAAGAGAGAGAUGCUGGAGAGAGAGAAAGAGAGAGAGGCUGGAGAGAGAAAGAGAGAGUUUGGCCCUAAUCCUCAGUUUCUUACUAUUUCCUCUGGGUAAUUGCACUGCUGGAAACGGACAGAAUCAUCAUGUAAUUGUCUUUUCUUGACAGGAUGUGGGAGUGAGAUUGAAAUGACAACAAAUAGGAAUGUGUGCCAUUAUUCCAUUUUUCUGCACAUUUCCCAUCUCCCCAAAGCAGCCUUCCCCAACCUGGUGCCUUCCAGAUAUCUUUGGGCAUACAGCUGCCACCAGCUAACAUCUGGAGGGCACCAAGCUGGGGAAGUCUGCCCUAAAUUGUCAGCUGCUUCAGGUCUAUCAGAUCUAAGUAUAUGGUCACCCUGUUGUGGGAAAGUUCCCAUUAAACUGACUCGUGUUGUCUCAUUAAGUCUCUAAUGUGGCAAUUUAAGCGAACAGACCUGAUCUUGUUCUGGGUUUUGGACUUCCAGCAGGGGCUUAGACUAGAAGGACUAAAAGGCCCCUUCUAGCUCUGUGAUUCUAUGCUACAUGUAAGUGUGUGUGUGUUACACACAAACGCACAGGCACACACACAAGCAUACUUUUUUUCUUUGAUCAAUUUUGCUUAGAAAAAAAGUGUCUUGUUCUUGUCAGUUGACUUCCUUUUUUAUUCUUUGUAUGUACUUAAACAAGCUGGUCUGUUUUAAAAGAAAAGCUUGGUGGUGUUUGUGAGAGCCCACGAAAGAGCAAUUUCAGGUAACUGCCACAGCCAAAUGGUUAAGAAUUGGCCUUAUGACAUAAUGUGUACUGGCUGGUCUCUACAGAAUUCCAAACAGCAUUUCAGACUUAAGGCUGCCAUCUAUUAUCCCAAAGGCAGCCAAUGUAGCAUCCUCCAGAUAUUGUACUAAAACUCCCAUGAGCCCUAUCCUGCUUGGCCAGCAAUCACAAUAAAGUCCAAAAACUUGACUGCAUGUGUUUAAUUAUAUGCAUGGAAAUGGAAAUGGACUGCCUUCAAGUCGAUUCCGACUUAUGGCUACCCUAUGAAUAGGGAUUUCAUGGUAAGCGGUAUUCAGAGGCGGUUUACCAUCUAAGGCUAGUACUCCCCACCUGGCUAGGGCCUGCUCAGCUUGCCACAGCUGCACAAGCCAGUCCCUUCCUUGUCCGCAACUGCCAGCUGGGGGAAACGGCUCCUUGCGACUAUGCACCUUGCCCACAGGUGGCAGGGCACAUAAUCCCUGAGCCACUCACUGUGGGGGUGAUCUUUAGCUGGCCCUUGACAUCCAGGAGACACGAGUGGGGAUUUAAACUCAUAGACUCUGGACUCCCAGCCAGGCUCUCCUCCCCACUGUGCUAUACCAUCUGUUGCAUGAGCAUACAGUUAACAUACAACUGACUUCAUAGCACAUGCAGAUAACAACUGGCUCACUCUGCAUUAGCAUAGCUGCUGCAAGCACUCUUAGUUCAUUUUUACAAGAUAGUUCAACAUGCUAUCUUGUUCAUUAAAAAAAUGCAUUCAUUCCUGACUUUACCUCUUACCACUUCUCCAGGCUGUAAAAAAUAAAAUAAAACACCUUCCACUUUCCUUUUUUGUAUCUUUAAUUCAGUUGUUGUUGUUAAUGUGCCUUCAAGUCAAUUUCAACUUAUGGUGACCCUAUGAAUCAGCGACCCCAAUAGCAUCUGUCAUAAACCACCCUGUUCAGAUCUUGCAAGUUCAGGUCUGUGGCUUCCUUUAUGGAAUCAAUCCAUCUCUUGUUUGGUCUUCCUCUUUUUCUACUCCCUUUUGUUUUCCCCAGUAUUAUUGUCUUUUCUAAUGAAUCAUGUCUUCUCAUUAUGUGUCCAAAGUAUAUGUGUCCAAAGUCAGAGGAAGGCAAUGGUAAACCACCUCUGAAUACCUCUUACCAUGAAAACCCUAUUCAUAGGGUCACCAAAAGUUGGGAUCGACUUGAAGUCAUUCCAUUUCCAUUUUCCAUCCAUACUCCCUAAGAUGGUGAGAAGGAAUGACCUUAUCACUUCAGCUGGACCUCUUUUAGGUAAGAUUUCUAUUUUAAUUUCCAAUCAGAAAUUUUUCUUUGAAUGGUAUGCUGCACGCAAGCGUGGUUGAUACAAUGUAUCAUGCUUCAUGACGUCACUAGGGCCUGCCCUGUGACGUCACUAGGGCCUGCCCCGUGACGUCACUAGGGCCUGCCCCGUGACGUCACUAGGGCCUGCCCCGUGACAUCACUAGGGCCUGCCCCGUGACGUCACUAGGCCCCGCCCCAUGAUGUCACUAGGGCCCGCCCCCAUCUUCUCAGGUUUUUGGAUGGUUCCGACCUGGCAACCCUAGUAGCGCUCCCUUAAAAAAGAUCUCAACCAGAUGGCGGUGGAGACAUCAGUCCCUUAGGGAAGCCUUGGCCACCAUCUUGGUUGAUGGCAGGCUUGCAUCCACAGCGCAACUAACACAUUAAAGGAGAGGUAGGUGGAGCAUGUGGGGGGUUGUGGGCCUGUGUGGCAGUGGGGGAUGCCUGGGAGCUCCCUUUCCACGAUCUGUGCUGCAGAUCACAGAAGGGAGCGCUACCCACCCACCCACCCUAAGAAGGGGCCCUUCAGGGAGAGCUAGGUGGGGCAUGCAUGAACAUGGGUGCAGGGGUCGAGGGCAAGCUGGUGCCCAAGGACUCCUGCAUGCCUGGCACCAGCCUUGGUGCUGAGAGUUGUUAGGAGAUGUCUAUUCCUUUCACAGAGCUACAGUUCCCAGAGUUCCUUGUGAAGACGGAUUAUCUGUUAAACCACUCUGGGAAUUAUGGAGCCUUAAUCUUUGUUCCAAAUACCAUUGCUUGUUCUGGAGCUACUACACCACACACCCCCAUCCUGCCACUUUGACAUUCGGACUAACAGUCCCUACAUGCUUGUAGGUGUCAGGAACAGCCUCUGAGGAAGCAGCCUCAGGGUGGAAUGCCAGUUUUGUCAGCCAAAGGGCAAGACUCAAGAUGUGUUUUUGCAUUGCGAUUUUUUCUAGCCUGUCAUCUCUGCAGUCUUCCACAAACAUAUGACUGCCAUUCCUCAAAUCAGCAAAUGUCUCACAUCCUAAAGUUUUAUCAACAGCAUCUUUCAUAAAGACCUCAUUUUUCAGUGUUUAACAACAUUUUUCACCAAUCCUUCCAAAUGCCUUGAAACUAAUGGACACAGAAAUUUUCCAUGGCACAGGACACAAUUAGUUACUGUGAAUUAUAACUUUCCCCAGAAGUGGUUUAGUGUUAAACAAGAGGCAUGGGAGAAAGAUACUACUUCCUCAUCCUAAAAUGAGAUUUAGCUUAAUAAUGUCCACUCCUUUGGGCUGUCCUACCUUAGUUGAUUUCACUUUAGCCCUUUAGCACUGCUGAGGCAUUAUUUUCUGCAAUUAGCUGGAAGUGGAAUUAAAAACAUUUCAUGCACUAUAUAUAGUUUCAUAUUUUCCAGCAAUGCUCUUCCUCAUGGCCAAGAUUCACUCACAAAUUCCGUCCAACAAAGGUCCCUGCAAUGUUGUAAAAAGCUUCUGUGUUCAGGUUCAGGCUAUUUUAUUGCUUCCUGUUCAGCAAGAUUUGGGGAUUAUUCACCAGUUUCUCUUUAGCUACCUAUAAAUCAACUUCUGUUCCCAUGCAAGGGAAGGAGUGCUUUACUGGUUUCCUUUCAUUUCUUUUUCAUUUUCAAAAGCAAAAUAACGCUACAAUAUUAUAAAGACAAGAAAAGAAAAAUGAAAGGUAACCAGUAAUUAACACCCACCCUCCAGAACAGAAGCUGACUAUUUAAGAACGUACCUAUGGCCCACAGAUAUUUCUAUCAAACUUUAAAAAGCAGGGAAAUUGGGCAGCUAUAGUGAAUGCACCAGGGUAGCAGGAGACCUGACCUCCUCUCUGAGAUAUUGGACUGCCCUACAAAUUUGUCAAAAUGCAAAUACAAUUUGGGUUGGUCUUUCACAGUCCAAUCCACUUCCAAAUUGGAAGAAUUUGGUAACGUGCCUCUGAGCAUAUGGUGAGUGGUGGCAACACCUGCCAUCUCCAAAGAUGGAGAAUUCUAUUUUUGUAUGUUUCUUGGUGUUCUUCUUACAUUGCUUCUUUCCUGUGUUACUAAUGUUUCUACAGAGAAUCUAAUCUAGAAAAUUUUAUUUCCCUCAUUCAUCCUAGAAAUCUGUGUCAAAUUUAUUUUUAAUAAUGUCAAAGCCUUUUUAUUAGUCAAUGUCAUAUGAUGGUGAAGACAGCCUUUUGUGUUUCAAAUUGGAGGUUAUGUUCUAUUUUUAUUUUGGGUGCAUUAACAGUGGAAUCUGAAACUGCAGUUUGAUGUAAAAUCAUACUGAUGACAAUGUGUUACUUCUUCAGCAAUGACUCUAGCUGUUGGAAAAAAGAGGAUGCAUGUUUUCAGGCUGCUAUGUUUAAACCACUACAUUUAAGGCAAAGUGGGCACAGUCAAUUAAAAACAUACAGCACACCUAGAAUUUUGCUAGAAUAUAUUUCAACUCCCACUGUUUUAGCUUGUGCAAACUGGAGGCUAUUCUGCAGAACAGUCAUUAUUCCACAAUUAUUGUUCCACAAUUAUUUUUGGAGGUUUUUUUAGUGUCCAUUUUGCAAAGUGUUGCUGUAGUUCACAUAUUCAUAGAAAUAGAAACAAAAGAAAAUGAUUUCCUAUAGGAAACUUCACUAAAAUUGCAAAGUAAAUCAGACAUAUUUAAAGUGACCAUCUGAACUAUAUCAGCUGUCUUAAUAAUGUUGCUUCCUCCCUGCUAAAACAAGAUCAGCACAACACAUGUCUUGUUUCUCUUAUUUGGGCUGAUUGCAGGUGUUGCCAUCACUCACCAUAUGCUCAGAGGCACAUGUUUCCAAAUUGGCUUUUAGAACACUGAAAGUUGGUUCUUACUGAGCAUGCCCGACAUUAUCAUUGAGUUCAAGCCAAAAUUUCUUUAAUUAAUUAAAAAUCAGCCAGGCAUUUUUUUUAACUUUUAAACUGCAGAAUAUGAAGGUCAGAGUAUGGGGCAAGGACAGUAAUAGGUACUCUGUGAACCUGGCUAAUUUUUAAUGAAUUCAACAGAUUAUGAGAACUCUGAGAGAAAAAAGUCCAAAAAGGUUCUGGGUUUUUUUCUCUCUCCUUUUAGACUUUGAACUCUAUUCUCUCUGACUGUUUUGUGUAUCGUCAUGAAAAUUGGGAAGGUUGUUAAGCAAGCGUUUCUGAGUUCAAGACUCUAAGUUUUGUAAGGUUUUAUUUAUUUUAUUUUGAAAUGAGCUUAUGGGAAGCAUCAGAAUGGCAUGGGGGUAUUUUCAAUUUAACAUUGCGGAAUGUGCAAAAUCCACGCUGGCUAUAGUAUACAGCCAUUCUCAUGGCUGUAUAAUUCAUUAGUAAUCUUUGAACUAUUCUGAACAGGAAGCAAUAUGUAUGUAUAUAAAUCAGGUCUGAAAAACACAAGAGGAUAACAGAAAAACUGGAAGGAAGAUUUAUUUAUUUUUCUUUAUUUAUUAUUAAAUUUAUAUCCCGCCCUUCCUCCCAGUCGGACCCCAGGGUGGCAAUUUAACAACAGAGUUGCUUAGAUGCUGAGACAAGUGAGUGAGACUAAUGUGGAAGCACUCUUCCUUUGCUCUUGCCAGUUUCCAGUCUGCUGUGUGGAUCAUCAGGAGUCAGUAGGGGGAUCAGCACAGCUUCUAUUUUGGAUGUCAGGCAUGUUGGAAACACCUUGGAACCACUACAAAUAUAAAUCAGUUUCAUACUGAUUUAAUUGACAUUAAUUGACAUUGUUUCCUCCAAAGAGUCAGAGCCUGCUUUUGUGGACCAGUUCAGAUGUUAUGUCUGUGUACUUUCAUAUUACACAUUUAUUU